ACGCCUGUAACCGGAAGUUGUCAGACCCGCCGCACUGCUGUGACCUGCCGUGUCCUCCACCGACUGUGUUUUGAUAGCCUACUGACGAAGGACAAGCGGACUAAAAAAAAAUGGUUUUCGAGGAAAAAAUGAUCAUGAACGGGGAGCCCGAUGAUGAGGAAGAAGAGGAGGAGGAGGAGGAGGAGGAAGAAUUGGUGGAUCCUCUUGAUGCAGUGCGACAGAAAUGUAUAGAGACAGAACACUGCGUCCACACUCAGGAGCGUCUGGAGGAGUGUGAGACCAGAGUAGGAUCUCGGUCUGCAACGGAGGAGGACUGCACUGAGGAGCUCUUUGACUUCCUCCAUGCUAGGGACCACUGUGUGGCACACAAAUUAUUCCAUUCUGUCAAAUGAAAUCCCUCCUAGAUGUUGAACCACUGGCUGACACCAUCUUCAGAUAUUGUAUUAUGAAGACAGUGUGGUUUUAAAUAUGUCCUCAUGUGGAUCUGUUGUAUGUUCUAACUUUAGGCGUGUACUAUAAUGUAUCUACUCACUGGAAAAAGUAUUUUACAAUGUACUCAGUAUGGGUCAAUAUAUCAUUAAAGUUGAUGGGUUCAAAUCCUUA